UGAAUGUUGAAACCACACACUCUUGAACUUUAAACUCUCUUUCGUAAUAAAUCCCUCUAACCAACGACAAGAAAUGACCAACCACUUUCAAGAUCCCUUAACCACUUACCCUAAACCGGUUUUAACCAAAGAAGAAGACGAGAAAAUGGUGAGUUUGCAAGCGGAGAGCAUCGUGAACACCGUGGCCUUCCCUAUGGUUCUCAAAGCAGCCUUGGAGCUUGGUGUCAUCGACACAAUCUCUGCUGCAGGCAACGGCGCAUGGCUAUCACCAUCUGAGAUAGUGGCUAGUCUCCCAACCAAACCUACCAACCCGGAGGCGCCGGUGUUGCUGGACCGGAUGCUACGAUUACUCGUCAGCCACUCGAUCUUGAAGUGUCGUCUGGUUGAAGCCAGAGAAAAUGGUCGAACCGGAAAGACCAAGAGAGAAUAUGCAACCGAACCGGUUUGCAAGUUUUUCUUGAAAGAUAGUGACGGCUCUGGUUCUCUUUUGUCACUGUUCUUAAUGUUCCAUAGCCAAGUGUUUUUCAAGACUUGGACAAAUCUUAAAGAUGUGAUACUAGAAGGAAGCGAUGCAUUCAGCUCUGCUCACGGCAUGAGAAUUUUUGAAUACAUUAAUUCCGAUGAACAGUUCGCUGAGAUGUUUAAUCGUGCCAUGUCGGAACCUUCAACCAUGAUCAUGAAGAAGGUUCUAGAAGUAUACAGAGGAUUUGAAGAUGUUAACACUUUGGUGGAUGUUGGUGGAGGAAAUGGCACCAUUUUAGGUCUUGUCACUUCCAAGUAUCCUCAUAUUAAAGGUGUUAAUUUCGACUUAGCUCAGGUUUUAACUCACGCUCCCUUUUAUCCAGGAGUCGAGCAUGUCUCCGGAGACAUGUUUAUAGAAGUUCCAAAGGGAGAUGCAAUCUUUAUGAAAUGGAUACUACAUGAUUGGAAGGACGAGCUUUGUAUAAAGAUUUUGAAAAAUUGUUGGAAGAGUCUACCAGAAAAAGGGAAAGUGAUAAUCGUAGAGAUGAUUACACCAACAGAACCAAGGAGUGGUGACUUUUCCUCGAACGCUGUGUUUGCGAUGGACUUGUUGAUGUUAACACAAUGCUCAGGUGGGAAAGAGAGAUCUCUUUCACAGUUCGAGAGUUUAGCAUUUGCGUCAGGUUUUGUUCGAUGUGACAUCAUUUGCCUUGCCUAUUCAUAUUCUGUUAUCGAACUCCACAAAUAAGAUAAUUGAAAUUUACCAAAAUAAUACAAUAUUCACUGGUUUGGUGCGAGAAAUUAUGGGGGCUACAAUUCUUCUACUCUUCACAUAUGUAAAAUGAAUAAGUUACGUAAGAGGAGUUUUUUUUUUUUUUUUUUNGUGAUGGUUUUUAUUGCAUGUAAUAUAAUGUUUUAUGGUGCUGGCUUGGGUCCUUUUGCUUUUAUGAAAGUGUGUGUUUGCAUUAGGUUUGUAGUUACUGUUUGGAUCGCGGGUUUAA